AUGGCCUACAACAACAAAUUUUAUUUAAACGAAUUCGUCCGCGAAAUCGAAAUCAUAGAUCUAAUGGACAAAAAAUCCGACACCGCGUGGAUAAACGCGGUCAACAUAGUCGGCGAGACGCCGGUUCACAUUGCAGCGAGAAGACGAAUCCUUGACUUGUUCGAAUACAUGUUACCUUAUUGCAACGACAUCGAAGCAUGCGAUGAUCAAGGAAACACAGUUCUCCACCAAUUGGUUGACAGCGACGCCGAGAGCGACGAAGAACACAAGCAAAAGCGCAUUGACUUAUUACGCAUUGUAAUAUCCAAAGGAGCAGACGUUAACAAACGGAACAGACGUGGAUCGACCUCUGUCCAUCUCGCAGCUAAGCAUUGUCACAUCGAGGUAUUGAGAGUUUUGAAGCGAAACGGAGCUGAGUUAGGUUUGCGUAAUGGCGAUGGCGAGUCAGCCCUAAUACUCGCUUGCAAACAUAUGUUCAAAUUACGUGGCACUCCAGCCGAAAUGGAUAUUAUAGAUUUUCUGAUGAGUGACGCUUGUGACGUUAAUGCUGUGGAUUACGAAGGUUUCUCAGCGCUGCAUUAUGCAGUACAAUGGUGUAGUGGCAAAACUGUUAUAAAGCUAAUAGAAGCCGGUGCUGAUGUCCAUUGCCGUACUAAAGAACGACAAUUCACACCGUUACACUUGGCUGCUAAAAGAAGAAAUCCAAACAAAUUGAAUAUCCUUGUACAAUCUGCCGCAAAUGUAAAUUCUGAGGACAUCGAUAAAUUGACUCCGCUACAUUUAGCUUUGCUCGAGGGUACUGCGGAAGUAGUCGAACGUUUAAUUAAAUAUGGCUCCAACCUCGGUUACCCAGAUGCGAUCCUGCAAUUUACGCCUUUGCAUGUAGCCGUGUAUCAACAACGCGACGACUUAGUUAAAUUGUUGAUCGACGGAGGAGCUAACGUGAAUAGCUCGGGUGUAGAUGGCUCAACUCCUUUACAUUUGUCCUCGGUGUUGGGUAACUUGGCAUUUACGAAAAUUCUGAUUGAUCACGGCGCAGACGUCAAUGCACGCGACAAGAAUGACUUGACUCCUUUGCAUUUGGCAAUUAGGCGAUGCUACGACUUAGAUCAACUUUUACAUGAUCUCAGAGGAACGAAAGCUGUAAUACGCAGUAAAAAGGACAAUUUAAUUGUGAAAUUACUAACUUGCGAACAUGCACCGACCGAUGAAGAUUACGAAGCUGUUGUAAAUUUGCUGAUUGAUAAUGGUGCUGAUGUUAAUGUGAUGACAAAACUCGGUGAGAAUUUGGUCUAUAUGGCAGUAGAAGCAAACAACAUCAAUCUUGUAAAGAUGUUGCUGGAAAUCGGAGUGGAUGUCAAUUGCAAAUCAUUGGUCUCAGAAUUCACACCUUUGCAUUUGGCCGCUUAUAAUAGUUAUAAGGCCGUAGCUGAACUUUUGAUGAACGCUGGAGCUGAUGUGAAUGCUCUGACCAAAAACGGUAAAAAUCCUUUGCAUCUAACGGUCGAAUCUAAUUGCGGAGAGAUUCAUGGGCCACUUAACGAGCAAGCAAAUCUUUUGGGAUUUACACCUUUAGCUUCGAGUAAAAAUUACAAAAAUGUCGUUGAAAUUCUAAUCAAUGCAGGAGCUAUUGAAAAUACUAUUACUCUGGAUGGUAGGAGUCUUGUGCAUUCCGUUCUGGAAUCGAAUUGUAAGGAAGUUUUGCUGUUACUGGCGAGUCGUGGUGCUAAAUUGCAUUGUAACGGAAAGAGAUGUUUGUACACACUUUUGUACAUCGUCGUAGAGAAUAGUGUUCAGGAUAUCAACAACAAAUUUCAAGAUUUGGAGAAAACGCCACUACUUGUGGCAAUAGAUCGAUUACAGAACGCAGAAGUCAAGAAAGCACUUUUGUCGCUGUGUGCUCUUGUGAACGCGGGUAAUCAAAAUGAUUGCAUGACUGUCAAUAAUAACAUUACACAUAAUUUUAUGUACAACUUAAAGUGCCUUUUAGCGGUUGGUUUCGACAUUAAUGAUUAUGACGUGUUUGUUAAACUUAUUUUUGGCUACCCAAGGAAUGACGGUUUUGCACCAUUCGAUACUUGUCCUGUAAUGUCGACUGUGAAACCAUUUUCAGAUGAUUACCGUACUAAAACAUCGCAUGGAUUGUUAGGAUUGAUUGCGGAUCUUAGAUCACAAAGUAAUGAGUACCGUCAGGAAGUUGAAAAUUUGAAGAAAUAUUUUAUCAACGACGAUGUUACACUAUACGAUUUACUUCAUAUGAAGUUUAAGAGAAGACGUUUGUAUACUGAUUAUUUGAACCUUUCUGAAAUAAUGUCAAAAUUUCCAAUUUACUAUGAACUAAUAUUGGCUCGCUAUCGAGAAGCUGAUAUUAGAAAAAUAUUGCUAGAAGUAACUCAGAUGGCAUUACGUCAACUUAUAGACGUAGAUUUUCCUAUUGUUUGUAUCGAAACAAUUUUUUCCAACGUAGAAAUAAUUAACAUGAUAGCAACAAUCGAAGCUGCUGAAUUAAUUUAUUAA